CAGACGCACUGCCGCCUGGCGACGGACAACGCGGAGGGCGGGCGCGGAACGGGGUGCCCGCCAUGGAACAGCGGUUAGCUGAGUUCCGGGCGUCCCGGAAAAGGGCCGGACUGUUGGUGGAACCCAGCACCUCGAGCCAGAACGCACAAACCUCGGGAGGGAAAGUGGAAGCAGCUACGACUCCAAAGGCAGCCCCGGGCUGGCUAAAACGUUUCCUGCUGUGGAAACCGAGGCCCACGAGUGCUCGGACUCUGCCCAGCCCCGCAAAGGAAGUGGUUCAGCCCAGGAGCAGCACAGCAGGGCCGCCACCACGGGAUCCAGCCAUUCCCCUGCCAUCACCUCGGGACCAGUCUGUCCUGACCAAAAUCACCUUCUUGAAGGUUCUUCUCUGGCUGGUCCUGCUGGGACUAUUUGUGGAACUGGAAUUUGGCCUAGCUUAUUUUGUCCUGUCCUUGUUCUACUGGAUGUAUGUCGGGACACGCAGCCCUGAGGAGAAGAAGGAAGGAGAGAAGAGCGCCUACUCCGUGUUCAACCCAGGCUGCGAAGCCAUCCAGGGCACCCUGACUGCCGAGCAGCUUGAGCGCGAGUUACAGUUCAGACCCCUGGAGGGGAGAUAGGGCCCAGCUCCACUCUCAUGCGCUAGCCUCCCACAUGGUCCUCUCAACUCCUGGGCUUGGAUUUACGGGUGUGAUUUCAGGCACAGGACUCAGGACCACAGUUCCAUGCUCACUCCCUGAUCUGCUGUGAUUUUACCUUUGAACUUCUCUGUGGUUUUGGUAAAACUCCCUUAAAGGACAAUCAAUGUGGGUCUGAUGAAGUUUAUAAAAAUUACAUACUCAAGAAAGGAGACCUGUUUGUCUCAUUAUUUCAUAGAGGUGAUUUUAGAGCACUCGAAGGGCAGUGGUUAGAUGCAUUAGGACUCUUUAUUAAAAGUAAAUGUUCACUUUAAGUCUUUAA